AUGGUGCUUGGUCGCCUCACACACUACGCAUUCGAUGCGGUUCUGAUCUCCGCCUUCCUCGCUGGAAUCAAAAGAUCAACUGGCCUCACCAAAGAUAUCAAGAAAUGGGUAGAGAGCUAUCUCGGCGUGGGCGAGUGGAUUAUGGACCAGUCUGUCGCUGUUUUGGGUUCGACUUCGUACUUUGAACGACGACGUUGA